AUGUCUUUCAGCAUCCGCAACACCAUUGCGUUGGGCGCCUUAUCCACUCUCGCCGCAGCACAAACCACGCCACCCAAGCUGGACGCAGCCUGCGCCGAUGUAGUCAUCUUCAUGGCUCGCGGUAACGACGCUCCUUAUCAUGAUGGACGCACCUUUCCGUUUGUCGAGGCAACCUGUGGCAAGUUGAUUGCUGAGGGCAAAACGUGCGAUCACAUUGAUAUCCAGUUCGACGUUACCCUCGGUGGAGACUACUGCGCUCAGGUGGCAGAGGGAGCCCGCAAUGGUAUCUCUCAGAUUACCGCCUUCAACCAAAAGUGUCCUUGCACACACAUAGUGGUUAAUGGCUACUCUCAGGGAGCCCAUGUUGCUGGCGAUGUCUUGGGUGGACCAGGUGGAUGCUCCUUUGUGAGUAACGGUCUUGACAGCACUUCUCCUGCUGGCCAAGCCAUUGCUGCGGCUCUGUUGUGGGGAGACGUCAUGCACACCGCGAACCAACCUUACAAUGUCCUCGACGGUGCCAGCAAGCAAAAGAACCCACGCGCUUCUGGAGACCUCGCCCGUUUGAACCGUUAUGCUCCUGUCCUUCGUGCCUACUGCGCAGUUGGAGACCCAGUUUGCGCUGGAGGCGAAAUCGUUGCUGAUCACCUGAACUACUUUGAGCUCUACACUGACGAGGCUUCGUCCUGGGUCGUGUCCAAGAUCAACGGCGUUGCACCUCUGCCUUCUUGCGCUGCGUCCAGCUCUUCCAGCUCGUCCUCCGUGCCCACUCCUACAGCCAGUGUGUCCGCUUCAUCUGUCGUACAGACCCCUACCGCCAGCGUGUCGGCUUCGUCUUUCGUACAAACUCCUACUGCUAGUGUGUCCGCUUCAUCUGUCCUCGCACCUAUUGAGUCCUCGAGUGCGGGUGAGCCCUACGUUCCUACCGCCUCCGAGGAUGCAGAGACACCAUACCCUACUUCUCCAGCAACUGUUUCUCCAUUUCCUCCACCAGUCGACUACGAUGCGUGUGUCCUCCAGGUUCACGUAGAGUACGUCUACGCCCACAUGUAA